CUCGAAGCUCGGUUGCGACAACAAGGCUGGAGCCUUUCUCAGAUCCCCAAGCUCGGACCCCUGUCACCACUUCCAAAAAUCUACACCCCCCCAUCCCAAACAGCACAACUCCUCCCCAAGUCCAAGUAAGAAGCUACCAUCUUACCCCUCUCAAACUAUCGCGCGCCAACCCCCUACUCGCCGCGCAAAGUAAGCCCUAAAGGCCCGGCGCCAUGUCUCUCCAAGGCUAUGUAAACAGUGAGUUUUCCCUUCCCCCUCCUCCGUCCAUCCCCUCAUAUACGACCCCUCUAUGGGGUCUCGCUCUCGUUGGCAAAGCUUACAACCCCCUUUCUGACAGUUUCUGGGUAAAUAGAGAAAGUACUAGUUCUGACCAGCGACUCGAGGACGCUGGUGGGGAACUUAUUAUCGUGUGAUCAGAUGACGAAUUUGGUAUGUUUUCCCCCCUUGUCCUCUGACCUUCUAUUCUUAUGUGGAAAUAUAACUUGUUCUAUGGAUGCUAAUUUCUUGCGAAAUAGGUCCUCUCAGAAACAACAGAGCGUAUAAUCCGACCGCCAGAAGACCCCGAGCCCUCGAGCGAAAUCCCACAUGGCCUCUACCUAAUCCGCGGCGACAACGUAGUAGUAGUCGGCUUAGUAGACCCCGAGCUGGACGAGAGUAUCAAUUGGAGCGAGGUACGAGGGGCUGUUAUAGGAGGGGUAAAGCAUUCAUGAUCUUAGUCCCAUCUUGAAGGGGAAUGCGAAGGGAAGUGGGAGAGGCAAUGUGAAAGAUAAAGGGAUGGAUAUCAAUAGAAUGAAUGACUGAGCAUAUAGCCUAGUGUGAUGCAUGUAUGGAUGGCGUUUUUAG